AUGCAGCAGGAAAAGGUGAAAGCGGCUGGGAGUGCAGCAGGAGCCCUGGAGAAGCUGGAAAAAGGAAAGAAGGUGCCUGAGCUUGAGAGGGGACACAAAGCCACAGAGAUCUCCCCUUCCUUCAGCCUGGGAGGUGAGGGCUCCUUCUCCCUGCACCUGGCCCAUCCCAACUUCCAGUCCACUCCGGGGGUGUUCCUCAAGAACGCUGCGAAGGCAGAAGGACGUGCUGGAGUCCUGGCGAUCCCCUCGGACCUCCAGGCCUCUCUUUCCUGCUGCAAGGAAGAAGCCCCGGGGGAGUCCCCUGCCCCUGGGGAGCAGCACCCUCCCCAGAGAGCUGUGGAAGAAACCUGUGCACGUCUGGAGUGCUUGCAGCUGGAAUCCCCCUGCCCUGGCAGGAUCCGGUCCUUCCCCUCGCUGGGCUUCCUGGAGAAGCUCCUUCAAAAGGAUGGGAGCCCCCCAGCUGACGAGCACCAGGACUGUGAGGACGAGGGAAAUCAGUCCCUCAACCUCAGUAUUCCCAGUGGCGAGGAUAUCCUGGACAGCUUUGGAGCCGUUUCCUUGGAGAGUUUGAGUUUUCCUGUUGGUCCUGGGGAGCCUCAGGGGGCCCUGGUGGUGCCCAGGCCCUGCCCCAGUGCAGGAGGGAACAGCCCCAUCCCUCCUGGAGCAGCACUGGAGACUCCCAAGAAAGAAGAGCUGAAUAUUGAGGAAAGGAUCCCGUUUGUGGUUGAGUUUGAGAUUGAGUUUGAGUUUGUGGUUGAGUUUGUGUUUGUGUUUGAGAUUGAGUUUGAGUUUGUGGUUGUGGUUGAGUUUGAGUUUGUGGUUGAGUUUGCGGUUGAGUUGUUGUUUGAGUUUGAGUUUGUGGUUGAGUUUGUGUUUGUGUUUGAGGUUGUGGUUGAGUUUGAGUUUGUGUUUCAGUUUGUGUUUGUGUUUGAGUUUCAGUUUCAGUUUGAGUUCCAGUUUCAGUUUGUGUUUGAGUUUCAGUUCCAGUUUCAGUUUCAGUUUGAGUUCCAGUUUCAGUUUGAGUUUGAGUUUGAGUUUGAGUUUGUGUUUGUGUUUGAGUUUCAGUUCCAGUUUGAGUUUGUGUUUGAGUUUCAGUUCCAGUUUCAGUUUGUGUUUCAGUUUCAGUUUGAGUUUGAGUUUGUGUUUGUGUUUGUGUUUGAGUUUCAGUUCCAGUUUGAGUUUGUGUUUCAGUUUCAGUUUGAGUUUGUGUUUGUGUUUGUGUUUGAGUUUGAGUUCCAGUUUCAGUUUGUGUUUGAGUUUCAGUUCCAGUUUCAGUUUCAGUUUGAGUUCCAGUUCCAGUUUCAGUUUGUGUUUCAGUUUGAGUUUGUGUUUGUGUUUGAGUUUCAGUACCAGUUUGAGUUUGUGUUUGAGUUCCAGUUUCAGUUUCAGUUUGUGUUUCAGUUUCAGUUUGAGUUUGUGUUUGUGUUUGAGUUUCAGUUCCAGUUUCAGUUUGUGUUUGUGUUUGAGUUUCAGUUCCAGUUUGAGUUUCAGUUUGAGUUUGAGCGGGAAUGGAGUUCCCAGCAGGUGUACCUGCGGAACCUGGGCAUCGAGCAGUCCCCUGGCACCAUCCUGGCACCCUUCGUGCCCCGGGGGCCCCUGCGGGAGCUGGAGUUCUCCCCCUGGCAGCUCAGGAGCCUGCAGCCCCCCCUGGACGCGCUGGCCAGGGUCCCCCCGCAGGCUCAGGGUGCCUUGCUGCCAGCCUUUGAGAUGUCCCAGGCGAGCUGUGGCUCGGGCGUGUCCCCGCCGAGCGUGUCCCCGGCCGUGGGCUCCCGGGCUGCCUCGGAGCAGGAGCUGAGUCCCAGCUCCCCCAGGCUCUCUGGGGAGCACCCAGCCAGCCCGGGCGCCGUGGUGGAGGUGGCAGCCCCAGCCUCCUGCAGAGAGCCUGGGGAGUCUCCCCCCGGGCUGGCUGGGAGCGAGGGGGAUCCCAAGGAUGCCAGGGUAGGCCAGGAGCGGAUCCCUGAGCUGCAGAAGAGCCUGUCGUGGGAUGAGGCCCUGACCCAGAGGGGGGGGUUCCAGAGCAGCCUGCCUGGGGCUGGCAGUGCCCCAGGGGGGUUCCAGAGCAGCCUGCCCGGGGCUGGCAGUGCCCCAGGGGGGUUCCAGAGCAGCCUGCCCGGGGCUGGCAGUGCCCCAGGGGGGUUCCAGAGCAGCCUGCCCGGGGCUGGCAGUGCCAGGAGCCGGCCGGGCAGCGGCAGCAGCAGUGGGGACUCCCUGGCAGCCCGUGUCCGCAGCCUCCUGGGCACUGCCUCCCCUGGGCUCCGUGCCAGCCACCUCCUGAGGAGUGCCGAGGAGCACGAGAGCAAGAUCCGAGCCUGGGUGAAGCUGAAGCUGGCCAGCCAGUCCCAGGAGUGUGGGCCAGACUGGGAUGAAGAGACCCAGCUGAGGAUGGAGGGAAUCGAGGCAGAGCUGCUCCCAAAGACCAGGAAACCUGCACAAGCCGAGGAUCUCUGGCUCUGUGGGUUGGAAGCAGCUUCUGAGUAUCUGAGGAAGCAGGAGCAGGACCUGGAGCCUGUCCAGGCUGCCAGGUGUCCCAGGGACAGGCAGGGACAGCCCUCCAGGACUCAUGGACAGCCCUCCAGGACUCAUGGACAGCCCUCCAGGACUCAUGGACAGCCCUCCAGGACUCGGGAGCUCCUCCAGCCCAGCUCCCCACCUGCAGCACCAUUGCCUAGAGCUGAUCCCUGGGACUGCUCCCUGCUGCAGGACGUGCAGCUGAAACCUUGGGGUGCUGCUGACCUUCAGGACGUGCAGCUGGAACCCUCCAAUGCUUCUGACCUGCAGGACGUGCAGCUGAAACCUUGGGGUGCUUCUGACCUGCAGGACAUGCAGCUGAAACCCUCCAAUGCUGCUGACCUGCAGGACAUGCAGCUGAAGCCCUGCAGUGCUGCUGAGCUGCAGCUGAACCACCAGCCCCCGGCCGUGGGGCACCCCAGGGCCAUGGCAGAGCUCCGUGCCCCUCUGGCACGGGGUCCCAGUGCAGGGGGCUCUGCAGCUGCCCCCCGUGCCCACGGGGAGCUGUCCCUGCCAGCCCCGGGGCUGGGGCAGGCCUGGGGGGAGCCGGGCAAGCCGAGCUCCUCCGUCAGCCUCUGCUCCCAGAGCCUGGCCAGGGCUGGCCCGGGGGGGAUCCUGCCUGGGGAGGAGAGGCUGGGCACCGAGCCCUGGGCCAGAGCUGCCACACAGGGCUGUCCCCCCUGCCCCGUGCCAGCUGCCUUUGGUGCUGCUGCUGCUGCUGAGGUUCCUGCUGCCCCUGCAGCUCCUCAGGAAACAGCCCAGCAGCCUGGGAGCACCCACGCUGGGGAAAGACAGAGCCCGAGUGCAGAGCAGCCCCCGUUUGUGCCUGCCGCCGUGCCCGAGGGGGACCCACGGGGUGCCAGAGCUGGGGGGCUCAGCCAGGAGACACGGGCAUCCAUUGAGCCCCCCCCUCUGAGCCCCUCCCAGCAGGAGCAGGUCCCACCUGGCCACAGCCAGCUCCCCGAGAGCUCGGAGGGCCCAGGGCCAGCUGCAUGCAGGGCUGUGCCCAAGGGCCCUGGUGAGGUGCUGGCAGAGGGGAGGAACAGCCCUGAUGAGCCAGAAGAGGCUGUGAGGGAGCAGCUGGGUCCUGCUCGCCCUUUCCCUGCAGAUGAGGCUUUAUCCAGCACGCCCGGGGCUCCCUCGUCACCAGUGAGGAGAUUCCUGAGCUGUGUGCACAUCACCCUCUCCUCCAGGGUCGGGAGUGCUGGCAGCGGGACCCAGCUGUGGGACAAACCUCACAGGAAGGCUCAGGCAGUGACUUUAAAAGCAGCUCCAGAGGUUUCAGUGGAAGGUGUUCCUAAAUUCCCUCCUGCUGAGGGUGUUCCAGAGGAUCCCAGCUCAGCUGAGCCAGUGGCCCCAGCAGAUCCCAGCCGGGUGCUGUCCCCCAGGCAGGAGCUGCUGCUGCAGGGCAGGGCCAGGGCCCAGCUCCGGGGCUCGGGGGCUCGGGGUGCUCAGGGCAUCCCCAGCUCUGCCCCUGCUGCAAAACCCAGCACAAGGACUGCUGAUGCUGCCACCCAGAUCAGCACGGAAGGGCCUGCCAAAGCCACGCUCUCGGCAGAAAUGCGUGUUGGUCCCCAGGAGGGGGGAAGCCCUGCCCAGCAGCCAUCGCUCCCCAGCGCCCCUGGAGCUCCUGGGAUUACAGCUCCAUCCCACAAGGAGAUCCCCCCCUUCCCAAGGCAGCCAGCCCAGCCCCUGCUGCUGCCCUACAAGCCCUCAGGAAGCUCUGGCAUGUAUUAUGUGCCCUUCCAGAAACCAGGAGCCACCGUGUCCCCAGGGGAGCCCGAGGCCAGCACAGCCAGCUCCCACUCAGGCUCAGAGGAUGCUCCUGCAGGGAUCCUGGCACCAGUGUGGGCUGUGGGGGAUGAUCCCCCUGCAGCCAGGGCAGCUGCCCAGCACACAGGGACAAUCCAUGCUCACAGGCCUAAGCUGGCCUGGCCUGAGGAGCUCAGGACGCCACUGGAAUGGUCUUCAGAGCUCCGCGACGGCUCCGGGCCUGCAGAGCCCUCCCGUGGUGUCCGUGCGCCCGCCCGGCUGCCCCUGCCCGCCGGGGAGAGCUGCCAGCAUCGCAGGGAGCCCCGCCGGGACAGGGCUGGGCAUGCUGCCCCCUGCCCGGGGGCUGCCCCCCGGCGCCAGCGGGGUCCCCGUGCCCCCCAGGGGACGGCGGGGCAGUUCUUCGCCCUCGCCGCAGAGCCCGACGAGAGCAGGAGCGAGGAGCCGGGUGCCGGGGCGUGCUUUGGGAACGGGCCGGCCGGCGGCGACGCUGGGCCCCGUGCAAGGACAGCUGGCCUGGAUGAGAGCGUGGGGAAGGCGCCACGGCACAGGGGCCGUGCCAGGGGCGGCCUGGACGAGCUGUGGCUGAGGUUCCUGCAGCGCCAGGGCGGGCAGCAGCAGCGGCUCGGCGGCAGCGGAGAGCUGUCCCUGGUGCAGCGCCUGGAUCGGCUGGCCAGGCUCCUGCAGAACCCCCUCCGGCACGCCCUGGCAGCCGGGGAGAAGGCUCCUGAGGAGGAGACGCCGGGAAGGGAGCAGCCGGGAGCUGGGCUGGCAGCAAGAGCCGGGGCUGGGCACAGCGCGGAGCCCAAGCGAGCGCGAGUGGCGCAGAGGCCGCGUGCGAGCCGGGGGCAGCUGAGGGCAGCCGGGCCGGGCCGCAGGGUGACCCAGCACCCGAGCGGGGCUCCGGAGGAGCAGCAGGACCCGGCAAUCCCGAGUGACAGCUCCUCGGAGUCCAGGCUGAGCGGAGAGCCCAGCGGCUGCAGCAGCUCGGCGUGGGACACGGGGAGCCCGGCGGGGCUGGACACGUCCCCUGCCUCCGGGGACAGCAGCUCCCUGUCCCUGUCCACCAUCGACACGGCCAGGCUGCUCCGGGCCUUCGGGCAGCACAGGCUGGGGCUGGCCCCGGACACCGACAGCCCGAGCCCAGCCCCGAGGCUGUCCCCGAGGCUGUCCCCGAGGCUGGCCCAGCUCUACCGUGCCAUCAGCCAGCAGAAGAGCCGCUCCCAGAAGUGGCAUGAGGAGAGCAGAGCAGCAGGGGCUGCGGGACGUCCCCAGGAGGCUGCCCAGAGCCUCGGGAAGGGCCAGAGCACCAUCCCCUUUUCCUUGGAUUCCACCUGUGCCAGCAGCAGUUCCUGGGGGCCCAGCUCUGCCCUCUGCAGCAAGCGACGGGCACGGAUGCUGAACAAAGGGAUCCAGGCAGGAGACCUGGAGAUCGUCAGCAGUGCCACCAGGAAGAACACCCGGGAUGUUGGGGUGACCUUCCCCACGCCCAGGAGCAGCCAGCAGCUGCGGGAGCCCCCGGGGCCGGGCCAGGCCUGGCAGCAGCCCUGGGCACAGCCGGGCAGGCUCCUGACGGACACACGGACCAAGAGGAGCAGGCUGCGCUUCCAGCAAGGGACUCUGUGGCUCGUCCCAGCAGAGGACUUGGAAUGUGAAUGGAGGAAAGAAAACCAGUGCAGUGCCAGUCCUGGCCCUGGGCCAGCCUGGUUUGAGCCCUGGAGCAGCACAAAGCCUUGGAGAGAGCCCCUGCGGGAGAAGAACUGGGAGGAGCAGCCCAGCCCGGGCCAGGGAGCGGGGGCUGGCAGGGGGCUGGGGCAGCCCCUGGGCAAGCUCACGCUGCAGGAGGCCCUGGCCCUGCACCGCCCCGAUUUCAUCUCGCGCUCGGGGCAGCGCCUGCGGCACCUGCGGCUGCUCCGUGAGGAGAGGAGGCUCCACAAGGCCCAGGGGGACAAACUGCUGCCAGCCCAGAGGGACAAACUGCUGCCAGCCCAGGGGGACAAACUGCUGCCAGCCCAGGGGGACAAACUGCUGCCAGCCCAGGGGGACAAACUGCUGCCAGCCCAGAGGGACAAACUGCUGCCAGCCCAGAGGGACAAACUGCUGCCAGCCCAGAGGGACAAACUGCUGCCAGCCCAGGGGGACAAACUGCUGCCACCCCAACAGCUGCUGCAACCUGCAGGGAGCAGAAAGGACUGCAGGACUGCAAAUCACCUGCUGCCCAACCGAGGUUUCCUGAUGAAAGAAAAAAGAAGAGCAAUUCCCAAGCAUGAAAUGUUUCAAAGAUCUAAAAGGAUGUACGAGCAGCUCCCCGAGGUGAGGAGGAAGAGGGAGGAGGAGCAGAGGAGGCUGGAGUACAGCUCCUACCGCCUGAGGGCUCAGCUCUACAAAACUAAGAUCACCAGCCGUGUCCUGGGGAAGAAGGUGUCCUGGAGCUGACGGGAGGAGCUGAGCCAGGCUGGGCUGAGCACACACAGCAGCACGUGCUGGCACAGGGAGGGCAGGGAAGGCUUCUGCAGCCCCUCUCUGUGCUCCUCUGUACUGCUUGAUCCUGCCCUACGUAAGAACAAUGAGCUGGGGGAGUGUCAGGGUUUUAAAUAAAUAGCUGGGCUUUUAUAGUGGUGUUAGGCACUUGCAGAGGAAACAGAGUCUGGAAAAAGUUGGUUCAUAAUAUAUUUAUAACUCCCUGAUUGGAAUAGAAGUUUUAUAUAUUUAUUUUCAAUGGGUUUUAACAAGGAUUUUUAAAAAUCUUUUUAAUUCCUGUCUCAGUGUAGAAAAUUCACUUGUUGUGUUUUGUACUUCAAUAAAACAGCUGAGUUGUAA